UGAUUCCUGGUACUGAAGCGGAAUGACAUGCAGCCAUAUUUGACUGUAUCCAUCAGACCUUCCCCCCCUUCAGCAUCUUCAGCAGAACAGUGAAGAAACCUGGAGCGGGACAACGGAUGCCAAUCGAAAGGAGACUUUACAGAAGAUGGCCUCGCCAAGAACCGUAACUAUUGUCGCCCUUUCCUUUGCACUGGGUAUGUUCUUCGUGUUCAUGGGUACAAUUAAACUCACACCACGGUUGAGCAAAGAGGCAUAUAGUGAAAUGAAAAGCGCUUACAAGAGUUAUGCAAAGGCCCUUCCAGCAUUGAAAAAAAUUGGCGUUUCUUCUGUACUUCUCCGCAAGAUUAUCGGCACUCUUGAGGUGGGAUGUGGAAUUGUUCUGACCCUUGUGCCCGGGAGACCAAAAGACGUGGCCAACUUUAUUCUGCUGCUGGUCAUGCUAGUAGUGCUUUUCUUCCACCAGCUAGUUGGAGAUCCUCUAAAACGCUAUGCCCAUGCCCUGGUGUUUGGUAUUUUGCUGACGUGUCGGCUGCUCAUUGCUCGUCAGGGCGAGGACCGGCCCGAGAGGGAGGAGAGACGAGAAGAGCAGAUCACUGCCCAGGAAAAGAACAAAGUCAAAGUUUCUUAGCUACACAAUUUCACAAAGAGCGCCUUGCAGCAGAUCUGUUUCUCUGGAUAGUAGGAGAAGAUGCUCGAAAAAAACAAACAAAAAAACAGUAGACCCAAAAGGUGAUUUAUGUCCCACAGCUACAUAACAGUUGCCUGAAAACCAGACCUUAUGUUACCUUUACCUCAUGUCUCACCUGUAAUACUUCUUAAAAUACAAAUAUUCAAUUGGGAUAAUCACUAUUGUGGCAACUGUAUUGGCUGUGGUUUUGCAACAAAAGAUUAAACUACUGUUAAGCCCUGCUGUAUGUAUUAUUAUUGUUUUUGCCCUGCAUUGAAUGCCACUUUUACGAUUCCACUGUGAUACAGGUAAUUCAAUUGUCAACCAUUUUUGUGAUGUUUUAUUUACUUUUUGAACUACUGUCAAUGAAUACUGUACAAAACCAAUUUUGUUUACAUUAAGAUUAUUUCUUUUGUAUUGAGAAAUGCUGUAUAUCAUUUGUUAAAAGGUUAUAGUCAGAUGGCACACGGAUAGCUUUUUUGUUGCCUCAAAAUCUGUUGCAUCCAUCAAAAAUGAAAACAUAAAAGCAGUUUUUUCAGUUACAAAUUAGUUCUAAAUAUUAUUAAUCUUACUGUAUCUGUUAUUUCUUAAUUUACAUAUAAUAAUAUUCCUUUGUUUCAAAUAUCAAAUUAGAUUUUCUAGUUUGAGUCUUGAAAUACAAAAUCCAAUAAAAAUCGUAUCCUUGGAUUCUGCUCACGGUUGCUUUCUCCUUUUGAGACCAAGAAUUACCAAACUUAUUUUAUUCUUAAAUAGCUAAAAUAUACAAUUGUUUUUGAUUUUUAUGUUUACUCUGUUUCCUUUAGAUCAGUUUGUUCCUUUAUACUGUUCCUGAAAACCCACCACUGAUCACUUGAAGUGUCCUACUAAUUCUACAUACUUGAUUCAGGUUAUGCAUCACAACUAAUAAACGGAUGAAAUGAAUCAGGUGUGUUAAAUAAGUGAUACAUUCAAAAUGCACAGUGCUGGGGGAGUAGAAUUGAGAAAUUUAUUUGAUAGGUUUGGCUGUAUACUGAUCAUUUGCAGUUUGUAACUGCAUAAAAAUACCUGACGGAGAACAUGGCCUGUGUCUAAACCUUUACCAGAAUGCCCAGCUAGUAUUGUGCAUUCUUAGUUUACACAGAAUGGGUCAUAUUACACUAUUGACAGUGAGGGAAUAAACUGAUGUUUAUGCAUGCAGUUGCUAACAAUAAAACCUUUAUGUAGUUUAUCAUGGAGUUUGGUGACAGUAUUAAAAACAUCUCUUGUGAAUGAU